UAACAGCCAGUUCGAGCUUCACCGCGCGCUCUGCAAUCUCUCGCUCAUCGGUUUAUUCCCGAUUGAGGGAUGUGUGUCGGUGAUCGAGGUUUCGGAUUCUUGAAUUGUUCGCUCUAUUGUUUAUAGAAUCCCGGCUUGCGUACAUCAUUCGAGCGAGACCUCAAUCCUCUCUGUAUUGCUUGGAAGUAGAGGUGUUCGUGUGUGUCUGGGUUUUGAGAGUCUGCCGUCAAUUGGAAGAAGAAGAGAUCGGAGAGGAGGGGAAGGUGUGCGAGAGCAGAGAAUGAAACAAUCGGGAAUGUAAGGAGAAGCGUAGACCGAAGGUGAAGCGGAACUUGCGCGGGAGGAGAGGUGGUCGUAAGCAGGGCGAGAUGAGUAUCGUGCCUAAGGACACUAUCCACGUCAUUGCCCAGAGCAUCGGCAUCGCGAAUUUGCAUGACGAUGUCGCCAAGGAACUCGCUCCUGAUGUCGAGUACCGGAUGCGCGAAAUUAUGCAGGAGGCAGUAAAAUGCAUGCGGCAUUCUAAGAGGUCCAUACUCACUACCGACGAUGUCAACAGUGCCCUGAGUCUUCGCAACGUUGAGCCGUUGUAUGGGUUUGCCUCCGGGGACCCUUUGAGGUUCCGUAGAGCCCUCGGCCAUUCUGAUUUGUUUUAUGUCGAAGAUCGGGAUCUCGAAUUUAAAGAGGUUGUCGAAGCUCCCUUGCCCAAAGCUCCGUUAGAUGCCUCUGUUGUUGCUCAUUGGCUUGCGGUCGAGGGAGUCCAGCCAGCUAUACCAGAGAAUGCACCUAUUGAAGUUCUAGCACCGCCCACUGAGACCAAAAAAGAAGGUCCUCGGAAGGAUGAUGAAAGCGCAAUUGACGUGAAACCACCCGUCAAGCAUGUCCUUUCUAAAGAACUUCAGCUUUAUUUUGAAAAGAUGACCGAGCUAGUGGUAACUGGGGCUGAUACACAACUUCUACGGGAUGCUCUUGUCAGUUUGGCCACUGACUCGGGCCUUCAUCCUCUUGUUCCCUAUUUUACCCAAUUUGUAGCUGAUGAGGUUACACGGAGUCUUGAUGAUUUCCCAUUACUAUUCUCACUGAUGAGGCUUGUGCAAAGCUUGUUAUUGAAUCCUCAUAUACACAUCGAGCCUUAUUUGCAUCAGAUGAUGCCAUCUGUGAUAACUUGCUUGGUUGCAAAGCGCCUGGGUGGCAAGGGCAUUGUAAAUCAUUGGGAACUCAGAGAUUUUACAGCUAGUCUUGUGGCAUUCAUCUGCAAAAGGUUUGGUCAUGUGUACCACAAUCUGCAAGGACGUGUUACGCGAACACUGCUGCACGCAUUUUUGGACCCCAAGAAAGCAUUGACCCAACACUAUGGUGCCAUUCGAGGGCUAGCUGCUCUUGGAUCACGUGUAGUACGCCUGGUAGUGUUGCCGAAUCUUGAGCUCUACCUUCGUUUGCUAGCUCCAGAGCUAAGUCCAGAGACCCAGCAGAACGAAAUGAAACGUUACGAGGCUUGGCGUGUCUAUGGGGCUCUACAGACGGCAUCGGGAGCAUGCAUGUACGAGAAGUUGAAGGCGCAAUCCUUCUUGUUGCCAUCUUCAUCUCGGGUUGCCUUGAAGUCCACAGCAAGGGUGGCUACAACUAACGCGAAGCAUCAGGAAACUGCGAUGGAUAUUUCACCAAGAAAAAGGAUAGGUGCGGCGGACUUGGAGCAGCCUCCUCAGAAAAGACCUCACUUAGACACCGACAAUUCGAUAGCAACCGAGGGAAGAAAUUUAGAUGGAGCCGAGAGCACUGUCCAAUUAGAGCCGAGGGAGGGAGGCAAAGCACCAAGGAUUGGAGAGGAGAAUGUGUUGGAGGACAGUGUUAGAAAACCUAGUAAAAAGGGAGGAAAAUCUAUAACUUUGUCAGAAGCAUGGAAGGAAGAUGGGGACGUAGGGCCAUUGUUGGCUUCUCUAGUUGAUCUGUUUGGAGAGGGGAUGCUUCCCUUCAUACCUUCAAAAGAAUUGUCGUCAUUUAUUUGAAUCUUUUCGUAAAAUGGUUUUUGCUACCGA